ACUUACGCUAAACCUCUCCACUCCUUCUCGUCACUCUGCAUCUGGCUCUGCUGUGACUGCUGCCUCCAGAUGAACUAGACCCAGUUGCCUGGACUACUUGGCCUCUGUGUUUCCACCUUUGGAUGGGGCAGGAGUUGAACUGUGGCAUCUGGCAGGAGUCAGCUUUAUCGUGGGAUUUAUCCUGAAUAAGAUACUUGCAGAAGGAAAAGAAACGUCAUUUGACUCAUUGAAGAUUUAAAACCAACAGAGUCAUGUGGGAGAAAAUGAAAUUUUAGUCUCAAGUGGCAGAAUCGAGUCAUAAGAAGUAAAGAGAUUUGGAUGGUUUCUCACUAAAUGGAAAUUAUAUAGAAGGCUUCUAAGACCACUGCAUCUCUCCAUCCCGCUCGUGCUGCACAGAGACUGCACUCUUGGCCUUGGACGUUAAUAAAAUGCUGGAUUCAGUCAAGUGUGUUCUGGUGGGAGACUCUGCUGUUGGGAAAACAUCUCUCCUGGUACGUUUCACAUCUGAGACUUUUCCAGAUGACUACAGACCCACUGUAUAUGAAAAUACUGGUGUGGAUGUCUUCAUGGAUGGUGUACAGAUCAGCUUAGGUCUUUGGGACACAUCUGGCAGUGAUGCCUUUAAAGGCAUUCGCCCCCUCUCCUACCAACAGGCAGAUGUGGUAUUAAUGUGCUACUCGGUGGCAAACCAUAAUUCCUUUCUGAACCUGAGGAACAAAUGGAUCAGCGAGAUCCGCAGCCAUUUGCCCCGCAUCCCCGUUUUGGUGGUGGCCACUCAGACGGACCAGCGGGACAUGGGUCCCUACAGCUCCUCCUGCAUCAGCCCUAUAGAUGGAAAGCGGCUCGCCCAGGAUGUGCGAGCCAAAGGCUACUUGGAGUGCUCUGCCCUCAGCAACAGGGGAGUGCAGCAGGUGUUUGAGUAUGCUGUGAGGACAGCGGUCAACCAAGCCAAAAGGCAGAACAGGCGGAAGAUCUUCUCCAUUAAUGAGUGCAAGAUCUUUUGAGGACUGUCAGCAGUGGUUUUGCUCACGUUUGUUCUUUCUGUUUUCUCACAAAGACGCUGCAGCAGAGGGAAUGGGAGGUGAAUCAAAGGAGGGCUCCUGGCAGGACCACAGUGCAGGUGCCUAUUUAUGAAACAGGUGUGCUCUUUAUCUGAGCCUCUUCCCUCCAAAACACAUGUGUGCUAUCUUGAAAAAUGAAAGGUGCAUACCCUUAUUCACAAGCCUGUGUUUGGACUUUGCAAGCCUGAACUGCAGCAGGCCUAGCCUGCAGAUUGGCAGAUAACAGCAGUACUGAUUUUGUUUUUGUUUCUGUCAAUGUUCCUCAGUUGUUGGUUUGUCUGCAUCUGCAUUUAUUUAAUGACAAAAUUGUGCCUGGAUCAGUCCCCACCUCUGUA